AUGUCGAAUCCGAACCAGCUCUUCCUCCUCGCCGACCACAUAAAGCUCUCCCUUCUGGAACGCCAGCGCGCCCAGACACUACACCUCGACGAUGCGGGUGGCUCCAACCAAGAUAGUCACAUCUCCCGCUCGCUGGAUCAAUUCCGCGACGGCGUCAACUCCCUUGAGGAGGAGAAGACCCGGCUAGAAUCCGGUGGCGAGGAUGCAUCCGCCAUUACCGACGCCCUCCCAUCUCUCCAGAAGCAGCUCAACGACUUGACAUCGCAAUUCCACGGCUUCGCCAGCCCUUCUGCGAACGAGACCCUCACGCAUCCCAACUCCGCCUCCCUCACCGAGGACUUUUCGCACGCAUCGUCCACCGAGCGCAAAGCAUCGAAGACUGUGCGCUUCAGCGAUACCCCGUCGUCCCCAUCGCGGGAGCUGUUCGGUCCGUAUCACGACGAUCCCGAGCCGGAGAAUCACGGGUACGCGGAUCAUGCGCAGACGCUAGACAACCAGCAGCUCCAUCAGUAUCAUUCGCAGAUUCUUGAUGACCAGGAUGAACAGCUCGACCGCUUGGGCGAGAGCAUCGGACGGCAGAGGGAUCUGAGCAUGCAGAUUGGCGAUGAGCUUGACUCGCAUGUCGCCAUGCUCGACGAGGUCGAGAGCGCCACCGACAGGCAUCAGAGCCGGUUGGACCGAGCCUCCCGGGCCGUGAACAAGGUCGCGAGGAGCGCAGGCGACAACAAGCAGAUUACGGCCAUUGUGGUGUUGAUCAUCAUUCUGGUGCUGCUGAUUGCUAUCUUGAAGUAG